GUGGUUAUUUCAUGUUUCUUUAUACAACAUUAGAGUUGGGGAAAUACACUAUUCGAAGCUAUUGACUCGCUUCACUUCUUCAUUCAAUUAUUCAAUUGACAACGCCAUCUCCUCAGAUAUAACAUGCCGCUUCCUAUAUCCGACCUACCAGAGCCCGCCCACGCAAACCUAGACUCAAUGCUGAAUAGGAAGUUUGGAAGAGAGGUCGCAAACUACUUCGCUGGUGAAUUGUCUUAUCGCGAUCAGGGACAAGAACCUACACUGACAAAUCUAUAGGCUCACCACUGAAUCGCGUUUCCUUCCUCCGCAGCGAUUACUCUUUCCUCUCAUCUGCCCUCCACCACUCCUCAUCUAGAUUCCUCGUCUAUAGGAACAUGGAGCUACUGAUCAAAGGAUCUACCGAAAUUGCUCUCCUCCCCUAUUCAGACUUUGAAUCCAUUAUCGGUGAUCCCUACCAACGUACGGAACAAAAUAUCAUCGACCAAUUCAAUUCCACAGACUACAAGCCCCAGGUCAUUUUCCUUGGCCUCGAUGAACGCUCCAAGGACGGCAUGACCUACAAAUCGCACUCGGGCGCACCAUACUUCGCCAUUGACCUCACUCCCCGUAAGUCCGUCAUACAAGCAUGCGAAGCCCUUAUUGUUACACUCGAAUCGCGUGGACUAUCGUUCUCUAAGAGCCGCAUGGAACUGUCUCUCCCAGCACAGGAUGCAGCUAUUUAUGCCGAGGCCCGCCACAUGCUCGACUGGAAUUUGCGCAACCCCUUCUGCGCUUCCUGUGGCUUCCCAACACUCAGCACGAACGCUGGUUGGAAACGCACUUGUCCACCUAAGGAUCUAGCUGGAGCUGUGAAUGAUGCCAGCAAGACCGAACGUGAGCCGUGCGCCACGCGAGGUACUAUCUCUAACCUGAGCUUCCCGCGGACGGAUCCAACUGUUAUUAUGGCCGUUGUGUCGGCAGAUGCGCAGCGUAUCCUGCUAGGACGCCAGAGGCGCUGGCCUCCAUAUUGGUAUAGCACACUAGCUGGCUUUCUAGAGCCUGCGGAGAGUGUUGAAGAAGCGGUUCGGCGCGAGGUUUGGGAGGAAAGUGGAAUCAAGCUUGGGCGUGUUGUCAUUCACAGCACACAACCAUGGCCGUAUCCGGCAAACUUGAUGAUUGGUGCAAUCGGGCAGGCAAUUCCGGACGGGGAGACGAUCGAUUUGGGAAAUGAUCCAGAACUCGAUGAUGCGAAGUGGUACACGAUGGACGUGCUGCGAGAGGCGUUGCAAAAUGGAACGAGUGGCUUAGGUGAGGAUGCUCCCCCAGGGUAUAAAAAGGGCAAUUUGAGAUUGCCGCCACCGACCGCAAUUGCGAAUCGGUUGAUGACCGCAGUGGCGGAUGGUUUUGUAUCGAGUGGAGCGCGGAUGUGAUGUACUUGUGACGAAUUAUCAUGAGUAGUAAUGGAGGGAUGGCGAAAAGGUGUACAUGGAGUUGUGAAAGUAUACAUGCAUGGUAGUCCUCAGUCCACUAUACCUAAGUGUAGGGCAUCGUAAAACAUACAUAAGACAUGGAAGAAUAGUACUCCGUCCAAGCUCGUUACUUUUAAGAACUGUGAAAAGGACAGGUAUAAAUAGAUAUAUAAUAUUCCUUAUAUAAGGAAUAUAUAUCUAAAUAGAGUUAUAUAAUAGGAUCUAGCUGUAAUAGACUAUUAUAUAAUAAACGGAUCGGCGGAGUAUAGCUU